AUGAGAGGAAACCUAAAAAUGCGUAUAAUGCUGGCGAUCUUUUUGCUGAUCAGUUUCAGCAUUAGUACGACAAAUGCUCAAACGACCUGCAAGAAUGGCCUUGGGCGCGUGCUCUACGAAAGACUGCCGAAUCAACAGCUACAAGGCUACGACGAUGAUGUGGUUCGAGACACGGCGCCCCCUUUUCGCGUACUGGAGAAGUGCCAGGAUAUGUGUCUGCGUGAUCGCACUGGUCCCAAUAAUCUGGUGCGGCAUUGCAAGAGCUUCGACUUUCAGCCCGGCAGUCGCAUAACCUCGUUUGGCGGCAACUCUGAAUACGAGGAAUCGUUGUGCUACUUGACUGAGGAGCAGGCCGGACCAGAGGGCAUUGGCAGCCUGAUGCUGGUCCCAAAUAGCGUUCACUUCAACGAGAUUUGUUUGACAUCUAGUCGCCCGGAGCGUGAGUGUCCGAGUCGUCGGUAUGUGUUCGAGCGGCAUCCGCGGAAGAAACUGAAACUGCCCAUAAGCGAUAUUAAAGAGAUAACCGCCGCAAAUCGUUCAGACUGUGAGGAUAAAUGCCUGAACGAGUUCUCAUUUGUUUGCCGCUCAGCCAAUUUUGAUUCGACGAUGCGUUCAUGCACGCUCAGUAGAUUUACGAGGCGCACGCAUCCAGAGCUCAUGGAGGAUGAUCCCAACUCGGACUAUCUAGAGAACACUUGCUUGAAUGCCGAGCGUCGUUGCGAUGGCUUGGCGGUAUUUGUCAAAGAGGAGAACAAACGACUGGGUGGUCCAUUCGAGGUAGACAUAUUCAACAACAUGACACUGGAGGAAUGCCAGUCGAUGUGUCUACGUGCCGAAAAAUACUUUUGCCGUUCCGUUGAAUUCGAUGAUCAAAGCAAACAGUGCAUACUCUCUGAGGAGGACUCUAUAUCGCAGAAAGAUGAUAUUAGCAUCAGUUCCAGCCCCACACAUCAUUUUUAUGAUCUUGUCUGCCUUGAUAAUCAACGCGCCAACGAUUAUCCAGAUAACUCAGUUACCUCGCACCUCUUUUCGAGUGGCCGUCGGCCAGAUACAGCAUUCCAGCGGUACCGCAACUCGCGGCUGGGCGGCGAGUUUCACUCAGAGAUCACGGGCCGUUCGCUCAGCGAGUGCUUGGACGAGUGCCUGCGCCAGACGAGCUUCCAGUGCAGGUCUGCGGUAUACAGCGAUCGUUUUCGUACUUGUCGCCUGAGUCGGUACAAUCAAAAGGAUGGCAUGCGUAUUAUAUAUGAUGCUGAUUAUGACUACUACGAGAAUCUAAUGUUGAACGUUGUGGGCGGUGGCAGUGAUAGUGAUGGCCAUGGAAGCAACGAUGGCAAGCGACCUGGUGACCAAUCUGGCAGUAAUUGGCGUCAGCCAAACAAGCAUGAUGAUCGGUAUGGACCUGGUGGUGUAUCAGGCGGAGGAGGCUCUGGAGGCGGUGCCGCUGGCGGUACGGGAGGAUCGAGAUAUCCGCCGGGCGAUGGCAUUGAUUAUGGCAGACCCUACGAUCGCUAUCCGGACCCUGCUCCAAAUGAUCAAGAUCGUUACCCAUGGGGUGGAGGAGAACGCUAUCCACCCGAUCGCUAUGGCUCGGGCGGUUCACGCUAUCCUGGUCCUGAUGGUAUGGGCUAUGGGCGACCUUACGAUCGCUAUCCCGACGAAUAUGAUCGCUAUCCCUUGGGUGGAAGCGGGGACCGGGACCGGGAUCGGGAUCGUGAUCGAUUUCCUGGCGACCGCGACCGAUUUUCGGCUGAUCGCGAUCGCUAUGCAGAUCGUUUUGGCGAUCGUUAUCCUCCCGACCGAUAUGCGGAUCGUUAUGGAGACAGACGCUAUCCCGAUAGAGACAGACCACCAUAUAGACCACUGCAGCCAUACCCGGCGAUAAAUGAUAACACACUGCCAAGCGAUUUACCGCACACGCGACCAUUUCCCCCCGACGAUGAUGCGCCAUAUCGACCAUAUGGUUACGGCGGUGGUGGAAGCGGAGGGGGUCGCUACGGUGAUAAUCGAUAUGAUAGUCGAUAUCCCUCACGUUACCCUCCCAGUCGUGAUCCAAUUGGUGGCUACACAGGACGAGAUGCACCAGAUACCAUUUUCCCCGACAGGCGCUAUCGUCCUUCUUCUCUGGACUCUAGAUAUGGCCCAUAUGGACCUGAUAACCGCGCUCCUUUGCCACCGGGUGGACGUUAUGGACCCCCGCCUGGCCGUUACGAUGACAUUGUUCACAGCGCACGGCGCCCUGAGCCGGAUUCUGCCAAACGCUACCCACCCGCACCAUUAGCGCCCACAGGCAGUGCGAGUAAGUACGCGUCUACGCCAAAUCGUUUCCCGGUGGGCAACGAACGUUACCCCAUUGAUAUCUACAAGCACGGUAAUCGGUACGGCAGUGGGGACAGUGGCAGGCGCCCCGGUUUGGAUCGUCCGCCUCCCUUUUAUGACUACGACUACGAGGAACGUUAUGGGGACCGUUUUGGGCCAUAUGACAGGGAAUAUGAUGCUCCCAUUGGCAGGAGACCCGCUCCUGGAGGCUCAUAUGGUCGUUUCGACACCCCUUUCAAUCGUCCUUAUGGACCUGGCAGCGCAGACGAACGACCAUUGCCAUUGCCUGGCCUUGGACUGCACCAUCAACCCACGCCAUACGGUGUCGGCCCUGUAGGCGGUGGUGGGGGCGCAGUGGGUCCCCCUCGUCCGCCCAUUACACGCUGCGAAGAGAGCGACAACUUUAAGCAGAUAGCGGCCAGACACAAGAUGCGACGACACUAUGUGCGACGUGCUCUGAUUGUGCCCAGCUUGAUACAAUGCGAGCGCGAGUGCAUCGAGAGUCGAGACUUCGUGUGUCGCAGCUUCAACUACAGAGAUACGGCCGCCUCCAGCUACGAUGACCGCGAGUCGCCAAAUUGCGAAUUGAGUGAUAGAGACUCGCGGGAACUUGACAUUCACGACCCCGGCUCGUUCGAUGCAUCGAACUACGACUUCUAUGAGCGCAGCAUUGGGCGCAGCGAUGGCGAGUGCAUGGAUGUUACGCAAACGUGCAACGAAGAGGGUAUGGAAUUCACAAUACGCACGCCGGAAGGCUUUCUUGGACGCAUCUACACAUAUGGCUUUUACGAUCGCUGCUUCUUCCGAGGCAAUGGCGGGACUGUCAACGUGCUGCGUAUUAGCGGACCCCAAGGCUAUCCCGAUUGUGGCACACAGCGCUAUGGCGACACGCUGACUAACAUUGUGGUUGUGCAGUUCUCGGACAACGUGCAAACAAGUCGUGAUAAGCGCUAUAAUCUCACUUGCAUUUUUCGGGGACCGGGCGAAGCUGUUGUUAGCUCGGGCUACAUUGGUGCGGGCUCUGGCAGUCCCAUACCCAUAGAGUAUCUUCCAGCUGAAAAUACGCUCAGCUCGAAGGUGCGAUUGAGCAUCCUGUAUCAGGGUAGACCCACCACGACUAUAGCCGUAGGCGAUCCCUUGACCUUCCGCCUUGAAGCCCAGGAUGGCUACAAUCAUGUCACGGACAUUUUCGCCACCAACGUUGUGGCCCGAGAUCCCUACUCAGGUCGUAGCAUACAGCUUAUUGAUCGCUUUGGUUGCCCUGUUGAUCCGUAUGUCUUCCCUGAGCUGGAUAAGCUACGCGAUGGAGACACAUUAGAGGCACGUUUUAAUGCCUUUAAAAUACCAGAAUCGAAUUUCCUUGUCUUUGAGGCCACUGUGCGGUCUUGUCGAGAAGGCUGUCAGCCUGCCUAUUGUCCAGGACCUGCAGGUCGCCAAGAGCCAUCGUUUGGACGUAAACGGCGCUCAUUGAACCAAACCGAAGAGGUGCAACAGCAACUAGAAGGCGUGAAUCAGUUAGACACUGCAAAUUUACGAGAUGAUGUCGUCGUUCUUAACAGCACUGUCAGCGCCACACUUGGCGAUUUCAAUGGCACACAGGAAGCCGAAAAGUUAAAGGAGACUGAGGAACCCGAGCAAGUGCGCGAAAUGAUUGAGGUAUUUGAAACACGCGAAGAAAUUGAAAAGGAAUCAUAUCCACGCAAGUUGGUGGCACCUGUCGAGACGGUGUGCAUGACACCUGCCGAGUAUCAUGGCCUCAUAACAGCCAUAAUAUUGCUGAUGAUAUUGCUUUUUAGCAUCACCCUCGUCGCCGGCUUGGGCUAUAGACGUUACUGGAAGUCCAUAUCGAAGAAUCGUUUAGUGGAUCGCAAUUCACCAAUUCACUCACUGGGGCAUUCCUCCAUACGCACCCAUGAACGAUUCACUGAAAUUGGUAACAUGCCUAAUGGUACUGCCCAAAGUAUGCCCAAUCGUGCGGCCAAUACCUUCCGCUCCAAUAUGUCCAUGUUCGGAGGCUCACUACACAAGACUUUUGCCACUGGAAACUUGGCACGCAUGUGUCAGCUGCCCGUCAUAAACCCCAUGCGUACUUCAGGAGGGAAUAGCACUCAUCAGUUUGAGGACCCCAGUGAGCCCAUCUACACCGAUCCAUCACUGUUUGAGCGCUCUAGAUCGCUGCGAAGUCUAACCAUGGUGGCCGAAUCUGAAGAUAACCACGAGGUCUAGACAUGGCGAUGGACACACAAGAAUUUUGCUCGUCUUCUUGUGACUAGUUGUAAAUAAGCUAAUGUUUUAAAACUAGCUAAGCAAGACCAGAAUAAAUAUACGUAUA